AUGCCAGGCUUUUCAAUGAAGCGUAAGUCCUACUCCACCAUGAAAAAAAACAUUCAGGUCCAGCUGUCACCUCCAUCCGCUACUAUAGGUGCUGCAUGAGUUAUAAGUGUGGGCAGACAGUGACAACUGUACAACAGUGAACUUCAUGUGGGCAUACAAUUCCAAAAUCCCUGCUGUACUUUGUGAUUUGUACAUACGCUCAAUGAGGUGAAGCAGAUAGUCAGUGGGAAACAUUAAGAAAGGGAGAGGGCCUACAUAUGCAAAACAGGCGCACUGAGUCAUGCACUGGUGUGGACAGGAUACAGCAGACGUAAAUACAUAAAAUUCAUAAAGGUGUGUGCCAUUCCUGAUCCAGAUUAAAGCAGAAUAAGGGGAGAAAGAAACUGGCAGAAGGCUUCUGUGUAGAAGUAUCCUUAAUAAUUACUGCUUCGCAAAGCAGAGGGCUAAGUCCUGAAACAAAGUCAAUGCUGGUGCUGAGUCCUACUGCAAAUUAAGGCUUGAUGGAGUAUGUUAGGAGUAUUUUGAGCCUAACUGCUCAGUAGUAGAAAGCAGCAGAGCUCAAGCUUGCUUUGAAACCAACUAGGGGUUAUUGCUCCUGAUUCACCAGAUGUGAAUUAGGCUGUGGCUGUUCAAGGGCGUGAAGGGAAUGUUCUGUUUGGGCUCACAAGCACUCUGUGAUGGUGGUAUAAGCAUUGUUAAGGCAUUUCUACAACAGAUAAAAAGCUGGACAUAGUACAUAUGCAGUUCAGGAAACUGAUCAGAAGAAAUGUCUGAAUAUGAGACUCCCCACAAUACCCAACACUAAAAAAAUCAAGAUGUUAAGUCUGAGCACUGCAAAUUUCUCCUGUCUUCUGUUCUCACCUUGGUCCCCUCCUGUCUAUUCAGCACUCUGUUUUGACAUGCAACACCUCUGCUUAGAAUCUUCAUAGCCUUGCCCCUUUCUGAUUGCUCUGCUUUUGAAUCCUGUACAUCCCUGCCUAUUUAUUUACUUAUGUCCAGGACAAAGUAUCUAGGUGAACAUAACAUAUCCAUAAAACUGCAAAAAUACUUAGCCAAUUCCUGGACAAUGAUGCACAAUAACUGAUUGUUGAGCUAUACAUCUUAAAAAUGCUUAAGUAGACUUAAGUAGCCAUCUGAAAUGAUUCUUGCUAAAGAGUAAUAGGCAAGAAGUUUAGUGUGUGCAGACACUAAAUAUCCUCUGUUUUGUAGAAGCAAGGCAAACAUCACGUGGCAUCCUUAACCGUGCCUCCCUGGCUGAAUGUAAUGAUGGAGCAGAUUUAUAUGGGGCAAGGCAGUGCCUCAGUUAACUGGCCCCAACCUGUUCAGGGUUUUAUAUACUUCUAGCAAUACCGGAAUUUGGUCCAUUAACAUUUAGACAACCAAUGCAGAUCCUUAUGCAGAAGUGCUAUAAACUGUUGAUGGGAAUCUCCCACCAGCAGCCAGACAGUUGCAUUUUACACAAUUUGUGGCUUCCUGACCAAACACAAAGGAAGUCCCACAUAAAGUAAUAGUGUAAUUUUGAGAUUACCAAUGCAUGAAGCACAGAGACCAAGCUAAUCUUGAUCCAGGAAUGGCUGCAGCUGUCUUACCAGAUGAAGUUUAUAGGUGGUCCUAGUCACUGAGACCAUUUGGGCCUCUAGUGAUAAAGAUGGAUGCAGAAGGACCACACUUCAGACCUGUUUCCUUAGCAUAAGCCCAUCGAGGAUAGACACUUUACCUGUCUCCUAAACACAGAAACCACUCACCCACUGUGCCUCCAUCUUACUGGGACUCAAACUCUGUUUAUUGGCCCCCAUCCAUCCCACCACUGCAUCCUGGCAUUGGUCCAGGGCUUGCACAGUCUCACCUGAUUCAGAUGUAAUAGAGAAGUACGGCUGAGUGUCAUCAGCAUACUGAUGAUUUCCCACCCGAAAACUCCUAAUGAAGCUUCCAACAGAUUUAUAUAGCUAUUUAAAAGCAUUGGCGAUAAAAUGGUGCCCUAUGACCUUCACUCGUCAAUCUCCAUAAUCCUCAAUUGUCCCAAGUCUCCAGCUUCCUCAAAUGAGUCCAUCCUUUGUCCUUUGCUGACCCUUUAGCCUAGAACUCAGACACCAGAAGGACAUCUGCGUUAUUUCCUUGAAAUCUCUCUCAAACCCCCCUUUUUUGAGCGAAGCCUGGACAAUUUAUUUCACACUGACCUGAAAUCAAGCUUAAGUACUGAAAUAAACACAUUUUAUACUCCUGGCUCCAUCUUCCACUGCCGCCUGCCCUGUACCAAACUGGAAACUCUUCGGGGCAGAGAUCUGUCUUCUUACACUUUGUAAUGCACCGUGUUUGUGGAUGGUAGCAAUGAUGAUGGUGAACAGGUCAACAUGGAAAUAUUGACCAAAUCAGCGCCAAUAUGGGACAGAAUGGAAGAUGGAAUCUCUCUCUCUCCCACUCUCUCUCUCACACACACACACACAGUGUAUAUACAAGCGCACAGAAGAAAUGCAGGCAGGAUGCGCUUGAAGCGCUGCUCAGUCUGUGGCCAGGAUUAGCCAGGCUGGCCGUCACGCAGGGCCGGAGGGAACCACCCAAGGCGCGCCCCAAGCUCUCAGCUCUCCCUUUCCUUGCCAACUGCCCGCCAGCCCGGACUCGCGGCGCUGCAAUCCUCCCUCCCCUUUCACUUCCUUCCCCCCCGCCAACUCCACGCACACGCUCCACACACCCAAGCGCGCUCGCGCUCUGUUGUUUGUCCCAGGGAACCCGGGACCACGUGGCCUUGCCUGUGGCGUGCCCAAGGCCUGGCUCGCGCCCGGGCCCCGGUGGUUGGCUGGGACUUUGGUUGGCGGGCUGAUUGGCGGGCGAAAGAGAGAGAGAGAAAGAGGUGAGAGGAAAGAAGAGCCCCUUUGCUUGUCACUAGGCAGCAAGGCUCGCCGUUCCAAGGCGCGCGCACGCACGCACGGGGUUGCCUGGAGACAGGGGCGCGCGGGAAGAGGAAGGGGAGGGGAAGGACAGAGAGGAGGAGGGGGAAGAGGAGGGGGGAUGUUACGCGGUGACGUUAAUUCUAUAUGAGCGCGAGCGGCGGGAGCUCGGGUCUUUUUACCGCCAGCCGCGCGGCGCUUCUCCCUAGCUCCUGAGUCACUGCGAGACCCGGCCUCGCGCAGGUAGGUAAGCGGGGCGCGUGGGCUCGGAGGGUGGGGGCCUCCUGUUACAAUAGGAGGCGGUUGGUGGCGGGGGAGGGAGGGGGAGCCUCUGCCCUGGCUUGGAGGGGAUCUCGCGCUCUGCUCUGAGGCGGAGGGGGAGAAAAUAGGGAGGGAGCAGAGGCGGCCUCCUUCUCUGGCGGCCCCUCCGCUGGCGGGGAACGUUCCCCCACCGUGGCCAUUCUCGAUGGGGCGCCGUGGGGGGCAGUACGUGCGGGGAAAGGCCCGCCCGUCUCCGCUUCUCCCUCGGGGCGAGGCUGCGGUCAAGCGGGCCGCCCCGGCUUGGCCUAGUCUGACCGGCUGAGCCACAGGCGAGCACGUGGGGACGAGACGCGGCUCUGGCUGGGCGGCCUCCGCCUCCCCUCUCGCCCGCCCGCCCGCCUCGGGCAUGUUGAGGAGAAAGGAGCCGCGGCGCUGUGGUGCCGAAACGUAAAUAAGCCUCGCGGCGACUGUGGCGGGUUGGGAGGGCGGAGAAGCGGGAGGGAAGCGGAGGGCCUGAUGGGGAAGGGGAGGCACCGCGCCUGGGCAGGGCUUGGAGGGGGGGCGCUUGUGGCGGGAAGGUUGAGAGUCCCUCCACGCUUCCUUCUGUUCGGAGGAGAGGCGAGACUGGCCAGAGCAGCUCCGGGACGGCUGCGUGUGCUCGAGGAAAGGCUUCCCCACGGCGGAGCCUGGCCGGGCUGCGUCCGCCAGGUAGUAAACAACCGCUGGCCUCGGUUUCCCGCAUUUUGUGUGCCCUUCUUGUCGCUCUUGGAGAUUGAAAGGCUGCAGGGUGAGUGCGUGUGAAUAAAAAUGGGCGUUUCGCUCUUUUUGAGGUGUCAACUAAGUGUAACAAAUAACCGGCCGUUUCUGGCUCGGGGGGUAGUUGUGCUGCCUUUAAAUUAUUCCAACCGCCCUUUAUUAGGUGCUUUUUUAAAGGUGCCACAAAACCCGAGGUUUUCUUUUUAUAUGGUUAGUUUACAGGCGCCUGGGUGGGUUGCACUGAAGACGAGGGCACGGGGAAUGACGCUGGGCGGAGGCAGGGAGGCUUACGGUCUUGAAGGUACUGCCCACUGCCGCCUUGGUUUUCAACUGGCAGAUGGAUCAUCGCACGUGGGUUGCGUCUGAUCCAAGGUGGGUCUCUUCUUGAAGCGGUGGAUUACGGGUCCGGAGAGACGUGCCAUGUAAAAUAUUAAAAGAAGGGUCCGUGUUGUGGGUUAGGUUAAAAGUGGGUCUGAAAAGGCAGCAAAAGACGGAUUUGUCUCUGUAAUGAUAGGUUGGCUAAGUGGAAAAUCUUGUUGUGGAACGAAGACCUUCAAGACAUGGCUGUUUUCUGUAGUCUUUGUUUAACAUCCAGCAACAGCCUGUAGAUGGUCAGAUAAGUGCUGAGAAGGCCUGACACUCGGCUUUUCUUAAAUUGUAAAUACCAAGCAAAUCAGGCUUUAAAAUUGGCUUGGAUUUCAAACAGUGGGUUUCAAGGUUCAUAUUUACCUUGAAGAUCUCAUUGAACAAUGGAUGUUGAGUUUUUCACAAACAGGGAUUUUAAAGAUCAAAAGUGACCCUUCUAGGCUCCAUGUUGUGUGUCUGGCCUAAUAUUAAAUUUUGUAUAUGGACACUAAUGUCAAUUUUUGUGGCCUUAGUAUAGUUGCUACAGCAGUAUAGGCAGUGUAAAAACAUUAUAUAGAUUUGUUGGUAACCUCAAGCAAGUCACCAGUCUGUUUCAGUUACUCUUCUGAGGGUAGAUUUGCAGAAUUGUAAAGCACUUUGUUCCCCAUGUUAUUCAGAUAUUCAUAGCAGGCAGUGAUGAAACAUUCAGAAUAACAAAGUCUUAGUUUAAUCAGUUUAACAGAUUCCCAUUGUGUGUGUUUUAAUAGAGGUCUAAAGCUGGAAUUCUUUUAGCAGUUAAUUAGGAGCAAGCCCUGGUGAACUUGGUGGGACUUACUUCUGAGUAGACAUAUAGGAUUGUGCUGUUAGUGAAUGCAUUGUGGCUUAAUUCCACAUAGGUGUGCUUAGGAUUAACCAUGCUUGGCUUGCAUAUCUCAUAAGGCUCGAAAUUGAAAGGGGUAUACAAUUGAUAUUACUUACCACUGUGUAGUUCAAAUAAGAAUUGCAAAAGUGACCCUUCAGGUGUUUCUGUGCUUCAGGAUUUAAUAAAGUAUGAUUUAAUAAACUAAAUAAUAAACAUUCACACUUAAGAUGGAGGAGAGUUGCUCUUCAGGACUAGGUAAAGGGGUUAUGUUUAAAGUGAUGGUGGUUACAUUGGGUAUUUCUUAGGCCCCUCAAGAUGGUGAAAUGUGUAUUUCAACAAUACUAUGUGAGUUGAAAUUUGUUUGAGAUUGAUAGUCCUAUGUAGGUGUUGUGCCCAUAAGUAAGAGGUAUCGCAAUAUGGCGUGGAAGAUCCCUGUUCCCCUUCCCCUGUGACAGUGCAUGCACAGAUGCUGUGUGUCUAGGUGCAAAGGCCCUGUAUGAUUUUUAUCUUGUUCAGCUGUUUGCAUUCCUUAACCUAUGGGUGAGGGGAGCUGAACAGGAGUAUUGGAGUUCUGCACAGACCUCCAUUUUCUGUGUUCCCAUGCAUGUGUGCCAUGAGGAUGCAUGGCACUUUUGCAUUGGGGGGGAUCCCUCUGCAUGUGCUUGUGGUCUGAUUUGAGGUUUCUAUCUUACCUUGUCUCGGAAGGUUGCAAAUGGCACCAUGCAUGUACCUUUAAAUAAAUGACAAUCCUGGUUUACCUUAGUACAGUGACUUCACUGACUCAUAGCAUCAACAGAAGUGAUACUUAAUGAAACUUGUGUAUCAGGGUCAAUGCAUGGAAGUUAGACUGCAUUUUGGAACUAUAGUGCAGAGAUGUAAUAAUUUUAUCCAGCCCAGUAGAGAAAAGAAGAGGAGGAGUUUGGAUUUGAUAUCCCGCUUUCACUACCUGAAGGAGUCUCAAAGCGGCUAACAUUCUCCUUUCCCUUCCUCCCCCACAACAAACACUCUGUGAGGUGAGUGGGGCUGAGAGACUUCAAAGAAGUAUGACUAGCCCAAGGUCACCCAGCAGCUGCAUGUGGAGGAGGGGGGAAGCGAACCCGGUUCACCAGAUUAUGAGUCUACCGCUCUUAACCACUACACCACACUGGCUCUAGUGCAUCCCUAUCUACUAUAAAAGUGCUUAAUAUGGGUAAAAAUUGUUGAAAGAAGGUGGCACUAGGUAGACUAGUAGCAAACUAUGCAUAAUGUUGACAGAGGGAACUGGCCAAACACUGAGACCAAAAUACAGCCACACCUGCUAUGAUGCUGUUCUGCCUUUAGUUCAUAUGACUCUUCUAUGUCCGAACUCUUUUAUUUGUUCUUUAGCAGUUCUUUUUUGUUGACAAAGUAACUCCAGGUCUCUCUUUACCAUCUUGAAAGCAGCACUUUUUACACUUUGAUGACUAGUGUAUGUAUUUCUGCUAGUCUUUUUAACAUACUGGUAGCACAGUACAAUGUCACAACUUGUUCUAUUCACCAGUAAGGUCUCCUGAUACGAGUUUGUUUUCAUAGUUCAAUUAAGUAUAAAAUUAUUUCCUUUACAACUCAAUCCUUCUCUAUUGAUUAUAUUGGCAGGAAUUCUAUUUUUAUGUUGUAAGGAUUGUGUGAGCUGUGACCAAAAUGUUUGGGGAAAGUCUCAGAAAACAAGUAAGGAGGGGGCACUUAGAAGCCUUUGUCUUUCAGUUCCGUUGAAUACCAGGAACGGAAUAUAAUGUGUGAAAGUUUGAGGUGGAAGAAUUAGUUGCAUACUGCUCCUCAAGUUGUCCUUUGCCUUUGUCCACUUCUAGAGGCUAUCCCCCCUUUACAUUGAAAUGCCUGUUGGAACAUUUAACCUACUGCAUGUUGAUUGAAUGGAUCUGAGAGGGUUCUAGUGUACUGUUCUUGAAUAUACUUUGUUACUUCUAAAUGAUUGGCAGCAGUCCCUUGUUCAGUUUGGAAGCUCUAGGAAAUACAGUGGAUGCUCGGCUUGCGAACGUGAUCCAUGCGGGAGGCACGUCCGCAGCGCCGUGCUUGCGCAUGCAUGGGUUGCGAUUCAGUGCUUCUGCGCAUGUGCGACCGCCGAAACCUGGAAGUAACCCGUUCCGGUACUUCCAGGUUUUGGCGCGUCCGUAACCCCCCAAAAAACACGCUAGCUGAAGCGUCUGUAACCCGAGGUAUGACUGUAGUUCUUAAGAACAUAGUUCUUAAAAACAUAGUUGUCAGAUAUAUGGACUGCAACUUGUAACAUUCCCAGCUAGGAUUGAACAACAGACUUGUUUGAAUCCCACACUGAAUCAGACUGAUUUGUGCUGAAUCAGGAUAGGGUCAAGGCAGCUAUAGAACAUGUCAGGUAGACCCAAAUUGAUUUGUAGUGAUAUGUGCUGAUCUAGAGCUCAAAACUCCAGAUAGACUGCCUCCAAAGUUGUGCAAUUAUUGCAACAUCAUAUAAGGAGAACAUCUAAGUGAGGUAGGAGCGGGAGAGGAGCAGGGCAUUGUUCAUUAAGGGUCAGAAUCUCAUCCAGCAUUGUCUCUUAGGAGUUCUGACUCUUAGAAGUAGUUUGGUGGCAUUUAUGUUCUUUUUCCUGCACAGUACUCUACCUAUCCUUAGGCUUAUUCGUUUUCCAUUCUUUGUUGAUCAAUCCCAGUCCCAUACCUACACAAUAACAUAAACAUAUUUGUCUUUGUCUUAGCUACUUAAGCUGUGUCACACACCCCUCCCAUUUGGACCCUAGUUUUUUAAGGUUAGGUUUGCAUUUUAUUUACAUCGGUAUUCUGUUUUCUGUGUCUAUUUGUGCUUUUGUGUUGGUAAGUCUUCAAAGUACAUUGUGUGUAGUCGGUACACAAGGAGCACACAUACAGUAUAAUAGCGCAUACAUCAGCAUUUUAAUUUUUUUUCAAAAAAGCAAACUUCAGAGAUGGCUAGCACAAAACACCUAGAGGUACUAGUCUUAAAUUUGGCAGGGUUAAUCUCCUUUUGAGAAGCUAUUCUAUCUCCAGAUUUCAUGCACCUAGGUGAAAAAACAAAUUUAUGGUCAUUUUGAUUUCCUGGUGUAAGUGAAUUGGAAUACAGUGGUACCUUGGGUUACGAACCGUCCUGCUUACGAAUGCUUCGGGUUACGAACUCUGCAAACUCGGAAGUAGGUGUUCCGGGUUGCGAACUUUGCCCCUGGAUACGAACGUAAUCCGCUUCUGGGGCCUAUGUAGGGAAUAUGCGCCUUGGGUUAAGAAUGGACUUCCGGAACGAAUUAAGUUCGUAACCUGAGGUACCACUGUACAAGUUUUGGAUUUUAGGUAGUGUAGUAUAUGAGCUGUGUAUUCUAUGGGGCAUCCACUGAAAUAAUUUUCUGUGUGAGAUACUGUCAUCUUAAAGGGUGUAAUGGCAGUAAUAAAGUUUGGAUCAUUACUGAUUUUUUUCUUAAUAGGACCUGUUUGUUACAUCAUAGAAAUAUUAAUUUUCAGGGUGUUUUAUCUUGAGGUCUGCAUACUAUUUCUAUUUCUCAAUAAUACAUAUUUUAGUUGCUCACAGUACUGAUGGUUUUUAUUUUCACUUUAUUGAUGUAUUUUCUAUUUACUAACUGGGAAUAUUAGUCUUGUUCAUGCUAGGGUACAGCAGCAUACAAAUCUUAUCUCUGGCAUGUUGUAGUAAUUUUCAGUAUUUUUUUCAUAAGUCUAUCCAAGUACUGUACUAUUUUAUACAUAAACUAGAUAUGAAUCUAGUAGCAUCAGCAUGCUUGUAAAUUGACCUGCUCAUUCAGGUGGGACUUACCCUUCCUUUUGGUCCCCUGCAGACCCAAUGUGCCCCCAAAACCUGCUCUGGAUGUUGGAUGACCCUCAAGAGCUCAUGGGAGGAUAGUAGAGGACUGUAGAGGGAGACCAUCUUAACAUGUACAUAAAAUAUUUGGGGAAAAUUGUUCCAAAUAUUUUAAAGUCUCUUUUAGGAAAUACAUUUUAUCCCCCCACCCCCAUGGUUUCAGAAACUAAUAUUUCUAUACCAUUUAAUGUUUAGAUGUGUUCUUUAGUACAUUUCGGUUGACAUACCAUCUUCGCAAAUUGCCCUGUCAAAUAUGUACGUGUUUACUUUAAAAAGAGAAAUUCAUAUGAAAAGAGUAGAUAGAAUUACAUUUGAAGCAACUUUGGAUCUGGCGAUCCUUUGUGUUUAACCAAAUAUGCUGUCUUGCAUUCAUCUUCAUUUUCAUUUCUUAAGCUGCCUUUAGACUUCAAACCAUAAGGUACAUAUAACAAUACUUUUUCUCCCUUCUGCCCAAGAGCAUCUCAGAUAAGAUUUGCUUCAAAGCUAAAGAGAAGGUACCAUGCUUAUGUUAAUUAUCAUUUUCUAGCAGGUUGAAGCUAACAGCAAUGACAAAGUAUGAAUGUUAUUGUUUGAAAUACAUUAACUUCUGCAGAUUGCUUUCUAAAGAAUAAACUUGUACCAGGAAUAGUUUUAUAGAAGGCCAUCCAACUACAAUGUUUUCACUAAGUAAGACAGCUACCUAUCACAAACUUGAAAUUUACUCCCCAUCCACCCAAGAGUUCAAAGAGGAAACGUACAGUCCAGUUGAAAGCUGUGAGGAGAAUUUCAAGGGAGGGGAGGGGGAAAUCACUGUUAUGUCUUCCUUUACCCCAAGUCUUUGCAGACUUGAGCAUUGUGCAGAUUGAUUUUACCCCCUAGAAAAAUCUAGCCAUGGUUUUGCACUUUAAAAAUCUUAUGUAUAUGUCAUGGUCUUUUUUUUAAAUUUUAAAAAGGACAUCCUGCAUGCAGGAAGUGACAGGGCUCAUGCCUAACCCAAAUUUUUGUUAGCAAGUGUUCAUAUUCUGACAUUUCAGGAUGAAACGGGCUGUUCAUUUGGCUGAGAACCUGCUUCUACUGUAUUACAUCUAUUUUCACUUAUUCCAUUAAUAUAGAAGUGCUUUUGUAACUUAAUUCCUAUCAAUAUUUUAGUUGUCCUCCAAGUUUAAUGUAAGUAUAUUUAACUGUGCUUAAGAAAUGAGAGUUUGAACUUAGGGUUUGGUCUUUAUAAGCAGCUGUUCUGAUCAUUAUUGGUAAAGCCUGAUGACACUACCAAGCAAGGCUUCAGAGUGAGCCCUGGCAUUGUCAGCAUGUCUUGCUACUUUGUGCCAGCAACUCUGGCAAGGCAGAAAACUGUUCUGGAAUCUCUGUUGAAGGUCUCUUGAAUAUCACUGCUGCUUCUGUCCUAGUGCUGGGGUGAAAAUACUUGAUAGAAAAUUCUGAUAGAGAAUUCCAAUGAGAGAUUAAAUGACUUGCUCUGCAGUGCAGAAGGAAUGAAUGAUGGAGAAACUGUAGUUCUGGAAGAUUCGUGGAUAUUAGGGUUUUUGAUGAGGGGCAGAAUCAUUUAUUGAAUACCACUGUUGAAAAUGUGGUAAGGUCACAUACUUGCGGAUACAUAAGUUUGUGAAGAAUAAAUGAGAACUUUCAAUAAUUUCCACAUUCUUUUAACCCCCAGCAUGCAAGGCUCGGUUGUACAUCAUGAAUCUACUCUUUCCCAUCUCUUACUCUUCUUUUUUUAUCCUUACAUAUUUUUAUUUUUUAAAGAAAAUGGAAGUUGCUGGUUGCAACUCAUCUCUGGGAUGCAAUCAUUGAUCACAUAGUGAAGACUCAGGCACUCUUGAUAAAUCCUAAGCCAUGCCACUGUUGCUUCUAUAUUUGCACUCCAACCAUAAGAACAGUUCCUCCUGUGCUCCAGGAGGCUCAGUUGAAGUUCUUCCAUGGCCUUUGUUACUCCCAUUUAAGAUGCAUCUGAUGGCUUGGCUUGCAGAGCAUCUACUCAAGAGUGAAGAGCAGUGUUCAAAAUUCACCAAGCUCAUUUUGCACCUGGCCAUCGGCCACUUGCAACCACGUGAAGAUGCCUGGGCUGACUGACAUCUUCACCAUCUGGAAGCCCAUGCCUAGAGUUCAUUGGAUCUGGACUGUUUUAACACACUUCUGCCACAUCCUGUAGAAUUCUAUCAAUUCUAAUUUAUCUGCACAGUUGGAAUAAAUUUCAGGAACCAAAAUGCUUUUUCUGUGCAGCUUGAGCAGGAGCAGUGAACAACGUUAGUUAAAUGUUGUAGCUUACCUCCACCCCAUUGCCCUGCUUACAGUUGUGAAGAAUAUCCCUACGUUAUGAAUGGUCUGUGUCACCAUUCAUUAAGGGGGGAAAAGGUUAUUCUGAGCAUUGGAGUCCUGAAGUCAGCAAUGUGCUGGGAGAUUGGAACUUUUCCUUUUAUCAGUGUGUUGCUUGUCUGCAAGGUUCUUUAAAGUCCAACUUCAGGACCUCAAAGCACCAAACAUCAAAUCACCUGACAUAAUUUUUGGCACCACUUAUUUUGGUCAACAGACCCAGAAUGUUUCCACACUUCUGCUGUAAGAAAGCAUUUUAUCAAAUUGUAGAUGGAAAUUGCUGACAGCCACUUCCUUAACAAUACAUUUUUCUUUUGCCAGCAUAAUCACAGGGAUCCUGCAGUUAUAUCCAUGCAGUUCACACCUGAAUUUCUUAGAGUCACCAUAAUUUUUCUCAUGCUGAUAAUGCACAAUGCUGCAAUUUAUCCCCAAAAUGUAUAUAUCAUGAGAUGUAAGAAGAAAGACGCUAAGAUUAUGAAAUCAAAAUAGUUUUUACACACAGUAUUUAAAGUUGUGCUUCCAGAUAACAUGAAAUACUGCCAUAUAAAAGGUUUUGUAUCAUGCAGAAACAUUCAAAUCUUGUAUCUUCAUGUGCUGAAUCUUAGGCCUGUGACACUGGGUACAGGAUUAUUUCAUAUGAGUAUGAAAGGAUGUGACCAAAUAGGUGAUAUGGGUGAGAGGGGUUUGUGAAAAAAAGGAAAUGGACAUCAGAGAAGGAAUUGAAAUGGGACAUGCCUCACAUAGCCAAAAAUGGCUGGAAAUUGGAGACCUUAAAAUAAAUGGCUGGUUGAGUGAUCAGCCCUGGUGAGACCACUGUGUUAAGUCUUCCAUGCAGAAGCCUUUUAAGUGGUCUCCCAUCUGAUGGCUGCAGUGGAAGAAUUUGCCUUAAAUUGUACUGUCUCUUGACUGACAAAUAGUCCUGUAAUUCAGAAUGUGCACAAACCUAGCAAUUUUAAAACCUUUUGUAUAUGUUUUUGGGGUGGGAAUACAAAGUUUAGACACAUUGGACUUCAGUAGUAGUAAUGUCAUACAAUCAUUAGCUUGUUCAAGCAGUCUCCGACGUUAGUUGUAAUGUUAGAAUAUGAAAUGAUUGACAGUAUGACAAAACUUCAGACUGAAUAUCUCUUUCCCAAAGGCAUUAUAAAAGGGUCCUAUCCUGUUUUAUUAUUUUAUUGUUCUGUUUAUUUUAUUGUUUAAGCUGCAACUUAAUGUAAAAUGUUUUCUGUUCUUUUCUAGGGGUUUUCUGAGGUCUGGGAAAAUGGCAGACAUUGACAAGUAAGCAUGCUAAAUUUUGGCUAAUGCGUUGUUCUAUCUUUAAAAGGUUUUAUUGUGUGAAAUCUGCAGUUGUGUUCUUUCUUACAAGGGCAGAUAUAGUUAGUAGCAAACAAUGUUCUAGGUCUUCCAGUUGUUAAUAUAAAUUUGUAAAUUUAUAGUCAAUACUUUUUAAUCCUAGACUUACGUAGUUCAGAUAGACGUACAUAUCAGGUGCAAACUAGAGAACAUUGCAUGCCUUCAGUCCUGUCACAGUGAGGACAGGGUGUUUUCUCUUCAGUUAGGAUAAUAAUGUUAAAUCAGAAAGACAGUGUUGUCUUACCUCCUCCUGAAAAUGUCAGUUACAGUUGCUUUUGAUGCUAAAGACAAGGUAGUGCAGAGUUGGGGAAAGAUGCAAGUAGAAACAUUUAUGCAAGGAAGGUAGAACAUCAAUUAAUUUUCAGUAUGUCUAUGUAGAACAUGGGUUGCAAGUUGUGAAUACAAAUUUUACUUCAUCCCCUCCCUCAAUAAAGUUAAAAAAUCAAAACAGUCAGCUUGGAGAAGUCUGAUUCUAAUAAUCUUUUAUCACUCUUGGAGGGUCUUAUCAAACCUUUGUUCUGUUGCCCACCAGUUAAGCUGUGCUGUGGCUCUCAGUCCAGAAGUGUAUUAUUGUGGCUUAUUAUCAGGAUGUGACCAUUACAGAGUACAGUUAUGCUCAAUCUCCUGAUGCCAAAGGGUUUGAUGCCAAAGGGUUUGACAAGUUAUAUCCUUCCUUCUACUUGUGAUGGAUCUCUGGUGUAAAUAAUAUCUUAAAAUACUUUUCACUAGAUUUUUCUUUUUGCAAAAGGUCACAUAUUUUAUCUGCUUUACAUUGCACCUAACACCUUCCAAUAACAUACACGCAAUUGCAAACUAUCCAAAGGUUCUCUAUAUAGCUGGAGUAAGUGUGCAUCUCUCCUCUUCCUCCAGUGAUAAUUGCUUUUUAAAUCAAACUGGAGGAAAAGUUAGGAUAUUGCGGAUGAGAAGAAAUCAUUGGCUAUAUCUGUCAUGCGCAGUGCCUCUUAUGGAUCAUGAAUAUACACCUUAAUAGAACAGUGUUUGUCUCUGAUUAUACUGGCUUUUUCCAUGUUGCAUGUGCUUUUGCAAUGAGAGCCUUAAAAAGCUCAAGUCCCUGCCAACUUAGAGAUAACAUAUGGGAUGUGCAUUAGAGAAAUGGUUUGAAAGACACUAGCUUCUGGGCAUUUUCUGAACUUUAAUAUGCUAGAUUAAAUCUGAAUUGGUAACUUGCUAGAUGUACUCUCAUACUACAUUUUUUGGGUUAAAGAGAUUCAAAUUCCUGUUUUGACUUGGAAUUUAAUAGCAAAGAACAGGCUGAGCUGGACCAGCAAGAUAUGGAAGAUGUUGAAGAGGUAGAAGAGGAAGAAACUGGAGAGGAUGCUAACAGUAAAGGUAAGGGGAAAAUGAGCCCAGGCAAAGGUAUUCUUCUGUAGGCAUAAUGGAAGAAGUGCUUUUCUUGGCUCAGUCUGAUACCUGCUGGUUAAAUAUUCACCUUCAGCAGAUCUUGCCAUUCAGAGGAAAAACAAAUUGAUUGUUUAGUGCAAUGCUUACCUUAAAUGCUUUAGGCAAAAUUGUCCUUGUAUUAAAUGCUAGUGUGAUUUUUGUUUCCCAUCUCAUAAUCUAGCUUUUCCUGUGCAUGCUUACUUGGAGGCAAGUAUUGCUGCCCAAGUAGUGUGUAUAGGAUUGCUGUCUUUAUAAACAUAGAUAUUUAGCAUUUAAUUUUGCGACUCUUGAGGUGUGUGUUAGACCUUAUGUAUCCUAAUUAUAUGUGCUACCUCUUGGUUACUUAACAUGGGAGGUAGACAUUUAAAAAUAGUUAUCCUUUUGCUAUUACAGUGGUGCCUCGCAAGACGAAGUUAAUCCGUUCCACGAGAGUCUUCGUCUAGCGGUUUUUUCGUCUUGCGAAGCAAGCCCAUUGACGGAUUAGCGCUAUUAGCGGUUUAGCGGCUAUUAAAGGCUUAAAGGCUUAGGGGAUUAGCUGCUAAAAGGCUAUUAAAGGCUAUUAAAGGCUUAGCAGAUUAGAUAAAGGGGGGGGGAAAGCCAAUAAAAGUCUCAAGACUCGCAAGAUAUUUUCGUCUUGCGAAGCAAGCCCAUAGGGGAAUUCGUCCUGCGAAGCAACUUCAAAACGGAAAACCCUUUCGUCUAGCGGUUUUUCCGUCUUGCGAGGCAUUCGUCUUGCGGGGCACCACUGUAUAUUAGAUCUGUUCAGGCAGGUUUCUUUUGACGCUUGACUUCUAGACAAUAAGUAAUGCAAAAUCUUGACAUUUUAUGUUAUAUCAUUUGGUAAAAUCUGAAUUGCAAGCACUGGGCUAAAAUUUCAUAAAGGGGGAGUAUAAUAGUGUUUUUUAAAACUUCUUUUGUUUUGUUAAGCACGCCAGCUGACUGUACAAAUGAUGCAGAAUCCUCAAAUUCUUGCAGCCCUUCAGGAAAGACUUGACGGUCUGGUUGGAACACCUACAGGAUAUAUAGAGAGGUAGAGUGUUCUGCAGUUACAUAUAUUAAUUCCUCUUUGUUUGUUCUUACCUCUUUAAUAGAUAAAAUUGUUUGCAUUAUGUUAAAUGGUCAUUGUUCUGCAAUAUUAAGUACGGAAGUAUGACCUACAAGUUAGAAAUAGUGAUGUUGGAAGGUAGUCUAAAAUCAGGACAUAACAAUCUGCUUGAGAGAGUAAUAGUGACUGCUGCUUCAGAAAACUUAAGUAAUUAAGGCUGCAGUUACACACACACACACACACACACACACACACACACACUGCUUGAGAAUAAGUCUAACUGAACUCAGUUGGCCAUGGAAACAAUUGCACUUUUAGUAUUGAAGAUCAGAAUGUGGUAUGCACAAAACAUAUCUGUUUUGUGGGUGUUGUAUGUUUGAGCAGUCUAUACAGGUAUUUCAUUUUUGAGACAUAUACAGAGUUUGUUUCCUUUGAAAUUUGCAGAGCAUAUGUGUGCUCUCCAUAUUGCACAUUCUGCCCCUCUUGAGUAACUUCUGAUUUAUCUCAGGUUACACUGACUCCUUGUCAGUGUAAUAAAAUGUAAUAAAAUGAUAAAAUUUUCUUGGUAUGCAUUUCGUAAGAGUGGGGAUGAAAGAUUGAAACCGAUUGACCAUACUGCUGAAAAUUCGCAACUCAUGUACUGUUUCAGGCUUCAGGUAUAAAAGUGAAUGUUGUGCCAGUGUAAUAGGCCCCAAGUCCACUGCUUUCCACACAAUGGAGAGCCACAAGUUUUUGGUAGGUAGGUAGUACAAGUAGUAACAAGCCUCACAGCUGAGUGGGCAGUGAUCUCCAUCACUAGCAUUUUGUGGGCUACUUCAGAAAAGUAUUAAUGUAGUACAACUACCUUCAGACCAUCUGCAAGAUUGAACUGAUGGAUGCUGGGUAGAAUAUACUGCUUUUAGGUUGGAAGAAGGAAACAAGUUUCAAAUGAUAUGUCCUUUAGAUAAAUCCAAAAUGUGAGAAUUACUUUUAAAAAAGGAAAAAGCAGGUAUGCAUUUGAAUAGAGCUUCAAUAAAGUAAGUUUCUCACUUUUUGUGAAGACAUCUGUACAAGUGUUGUCCCCAAGAAGCACCUGCAUUCCCCCCCUUUCUCUUUCUUUUCCUUUUCCUUUUUACAUGCAAAUGUCUAUAAUGGUUCCCUGAUAACUGUUUAUCUGAAUAAAAAAUGUAAUGGGAAGCUGCAAUUUUGACCACAGAAUGAGGCAUGUUUGGUUUGUUACCUCCAGGCUUUUUCUGUUCCAAAAAGCCUCUUAGGUAUCCCAUCCUGAGGUGCCACAUAAGCAUUUUACUUCUAUUCAAGCGUAGAAGUGGAAUUCUGUAGGAAGGAAACAACUGGGCAAUCAGUUUGGAGCAGAAAUGGCAAGCAAGGAAAAGGUCAAGCACCCUAGAGCUGCUGCUCUGAAUAAAAAAGUUCCCACACCAUCUAAUCGCUGGCCACAAUUGAUCUCACAUCUGCUAUGAACUUGCUUUCUUUUCUCUCGUAGCAUAUUUAAGUAACCUGCAAGGUCCUUGAUCCAAGAUCAGCAAGUCCUUAUUGAGUUUCAUGCUGUGCUUUCACUGAGAUACUAUACCUUUUUGAGAGUUUUCAAAAAGCCAGCUCUUCAUCACUUCAAGUACAGUAGCUCAUCCCUAAAGCUUAUAUAGCAUGUCAACUAAAGCAUUUGAAGCAAAAUAAAUUAACAGGAGUACUGUGUUUGAGCUUUGUCUAAUACUUGCACGUUUGCUUGAUCUUAAAAUGUUUUGUAGAUGUCUUUUGCAUUUCAUACUUGAUAUCGCCUCUGAAUAUGAACUAGAAGGGCAGGUUUGGACUACUUAUCUAUAGAAUAUGCAAUGUAUUCCUUGCCUAAAUUGAUUCAAGCGAAGCUACUCUCUGUUACACAAACUGACAGAUGGAGAAUUGGGAGCCCUUAUUUAUUACUGUAACUUUUACUCCUUUGUCAAUUUUUAACUUGAUCUAGUACACUGAAAUAUAGUCUCCCAUAUCAAGCUAAAGAAAUACUGCUCAGCUAUAUCAUUUCCUGUUUGUAAGUAGACAGCUACUGUCCCUUGGCCAGCUGAUAUAACUGGCUGGUGCCCCAUAAUCCCUGACCAUUUACCAUACUGGCUAGGACUGGUGAUAGCUGUAGUCCAAGCAUCUGAGGGCACAGUGUUAACUACCCUUAGGCUGGCCCAACUGCUACUCAGUUAUUGAGGCACCCACCUGUCAAUCACCUGUUGUCAUUAAGCCAUCAGGUGACAGCAUAAAAUGAGCUCACUAUCAGCGUUGAUUAGCUUAUUGGCACUGACAGUGAACCCCAUUUGGUCCAUUUACAGGCAGUGUUUGGAUUCAAAUCAUGUCUGGAGACAGGGCAUUUCUCCCCCCCCCCCCCACUGCAAACCUGUCUGUAAAGAGUCUGCAGAGGACAAAUGCCACUUACCUUUGAUUUGUAACAGUUUACUCAUGCAAAUAGGAGCUCUUGGUGGGUGUGCCAAAAUGCAAAGGAGCAAGAAGUUCUCUAUGUCAUUAUUUGUUGGUCUGUUUUUUCAACCCAACAUAAAGAAAUUUUACUGAAGCCAAACAAAAACAGGUAUCUCAUUAAAAAAUUGUGGGGAAACACAGCUUCUGCUUUUAAUACUCUUUACAAAUAUUUAAAUGUUUUUCUCUUGACCAUAAACUAAAGGUAACAAAUAUUGUGACCUCCAGGUGUUGUUUGGCUGCAAAUCAUGUCUGAUGAAAGUUAAAGUCCAGCAAAAUCUGGGUGCUCCCCCUCCCUAAACCCAUCCUAUGACCAGCUGUGAGUUGCUGCUUUGGAAUCCCUGUUGUAAAAAAGGCUCUUCAGUUGUUUAAUUACUCCACAGUUCCUCAGAAGCAAAAAUGAUUGGUAUUGGAUUUCUGGAAAAAGAGUAUCACAUACACAUUUAGAUAAAAAAUACCCAUCAAUACAGUCCUAUUUUUGUAUGAUUUAAUAUGGAGCGGUUAUUAAGAACCUGUUUUCUUGUUAUGUAAAGCAGAAUUGUUGUAUUUCCCCCCUUUUUGUGUGUGUUUACUAAUUCCCCCUGCUUUUGUGAUUGACCAGUAUAGGCCACAUUAGCCCAAACAGAGUAGGCAGCAAAGUUACCCAAUUUUGAAAAAAGACACAGUAGAGUGUCCCAUUGAUUGCAGUGGUAUUUUUUGGAGUGUUGCUGUACUUAAGAAGCAUUCACUUGGGGUUCUCCCCCCACCCCAAGGUUUCUGGAAGAAUAUUGCUUACCCCUUUGUUAAAUAGCCUUCACAGUAAACCUGGGUCUCGCUUCUGCAGCUUGUAAAAUUGCUUUAGUAAUGUGUUGCAAUUUUUUUUCCUUUUCUGGUUUUGGUCGUGUUUCAGAACAUUUUCACAUUACCAAAAAUAGGAUAUGAAUAACUGAAAGCAAAGAUAAUAUUCAAACGCUAAGUUAUAUAUGGUGAUCAAAUUUAGAAAUAAUUACUAGAAUUUCAAUUUCAUAGACUUCUGAGCCAAAUAAUUGCCUAUCUAAAAUUCUCCACCCAUUGACCACCUUGUCUCAGUAAGAACUGAAGCCCUCUCCUGAAUGUCUGGUGUUGGGGAUCCAGGAAGGUGGGUAGUGUCCUGAAUCUGAAAGAAGGCACAUGUCCACUCACAUUCAUUACUGAAAUGAAGUUAUCUGAAUGGGUUUCUGUAAGAGGUUGUAGUUUUGGCCUCAAUAUUGAAAUAUGCAACUUUCACACUAUUUUUCAACUUGGUGUGAACAGAUACAAUAUAAAAUUAACCCUGAAUUUUACUGACUUGCAGCUUUAUUAGGUUUUGCUUGCAAAUUCUACAUGAAAGGUGUCGCCAUGCUAUUUAUUACAAAGCAUACCUAAUACUGACAUAGCUUGUAAUGUAAAGCAGUUGUGUGCUGGUGUAUCAAUCCUGGGGACCAUGUAACACAUUGUUUUUAUCUAACUCUGACUACAGUAAACACUAUAUAAAUAAAUACUAGAUAGAGCUUUGAAUUUGGAGCUUCUGCUUACUAACUGUCCUUAAGUCCACCCAAGACUAACUUAAAAUAUGAAAGGGGGGGGGGGGAGAGAAAAAAGUAGGUGUAUAAUGUUAAUAUUUUGAGUGAAAUAUCAGUGCAGGAACUUCUAUCACUAUUGUUGCAUAUGUGUGUGUGUGCAUGUAUGUAUAGAUGUUCUUUUUAAACAAGUCUCAUCUAUUCAAGAAAUGGCAAGUUUUGUCCUAAGCUUUGGUGCUGUAGGGUUUAAGCAAUUGGCUAUUGGACACGCUUGGUGAGACAGCAGUAUUGGGGAAGUUAAGGAACUUACCAUGCUGUACUUCUCCUGUGUCUUCUGCUUGUAUAUGACGAGGUGCCAGAGGCAUGCUUAAGUCUUGACUGGUGAUCUUUGGAAAGUUGACAUGUGCAAAGCACACCUGAAAUUGCUUAAUCAGUGUAAGGCUAGGGGGCAUGAUGAGUCGGGUAAAGGUGGCCCAGGCUGGACUCCAUCCAGGAUAUGUCAGUAUCUGGGAUUGACCCUGUUAAAUUGUUAACUUUGUCACGAAUUAAAAUUACCAGCUCAGAAUACUGUAAUAGAUCUUUGUUGUCUGUGCCUAGUUGUUGCCAGAAUAAUACACUUUACUUCAGUAUGUGCUGAAUUAUUAAAGAAAACAAUGGGUUCUUAGAAUCCAGAGAAUUCCAAAAUUCUCUCAAUGUUCAGCACUCGGCCGAAUCCUUUAUCCUAAAAUCAGCUGACCUGAGCAGCAUUUUUAAUGUGUUUACUCAACUUUUCAGUUGUUAGUGUCAUGUCACUUUAACUUUUGAACUGCAUGGAGUGCACCUAAUAUACUACUUGCAAAGAAGUCACAGAUAGUUGUUUAAUCUGUCUUUUCAGGUGCUAAAUUAAGUUAUUUAAAAAGUUAGUUUCUAAAACAUAUAUACACCUUGAAUUCUGAAAUUUCAGUUGAUAAUUGAUAUUAAGAAUUGUUUUCAAAUUGAACAAUAUUUUCCACAAAGAAAUAUCGUCUGAAACACUUAAGGGAGGGGCGAUUAUGGGGUUUAUCUUGUUCUGUAUGUAGGUGAUUCAGAAUUGAUAUUGUAUAUGUUAAUAUCCAUAAAACCUUCAAAAAUAAAAAUCACUCUUGUGUUAAUAUCACAAUUUUGCUCUGCUGUUGCUCUUGGAAAUAAAAGUUAACAGCAUAAUCCUACCUUUUAAAGGAAACUUUAUUAGGAGAAUGAAUCCACAUGAUUGUCAUUGAUGUAACAAUGCAGUAUUAUUUUCCUCCCUCAGCUUGCCUAAAGUAGUUAAGAGACGUGUAAAUGCACUCAAGAAUCUUCAAGUUAAAUGUGCACAGAUAGAAGCAAAGUUCUAUGAAGAAGUUCAUGAAUUGGAAAGGAAAUAUGCUGCUCUUUAUCAGCCCUUGUUUGACAAGGUAAUCUUUAUACUUUUACCUCUAGGGAUGAGAGUUUAAUUCUGCAGAGUCAAAUGGGACCAAAUUCCCACUGGUUCAGUAAUUCUGUAACCUUUUAUUUGCAAAAAAAUAAAUAAUAAUACUUGUUCGUUGCUUUUGUUGGAUAUUGGGUCAAACUAAAUUCUGGUAACCUGAAUAAACAAGCACUUUACUCUUCCAGAGGAGUGAAAUCAUCAAUGCAGUUUAUGAACCUACUGAAGAAGAAUGUGAAUGGAAAACAGAUGUUGAAGAAGAAAUUUCAGUGAGUACUUAAAUAUGAUUGUGGGUGGGAUUAAUUGUGUAUUCGUGCUUUACAAGUUUGAAGUACUGUAGACUUAUUCUAGUAGUAAAUGCAGACAAAUCAUUCAAUUUAUAACUCUGUAAAUUGUUUGCCCCCUUGAUGGUUAGUAAACAUUUUGAUUGGGUUGAUGUUGUUUUGUAUUGGAUUGAUAUAGCAGCCCACCAAUAAACAUUUCCUGUGUGUCUUAUAACAAUUAAACACAGUGACCCCGUUCUCAUGUGGCUCUAAGAUAAGACAUGGCUUAGUGCAAACAUGUGGAUUUCCAAAGAGCAGAUUGCAGCUGCUGCACUCUUCCCUGGUCCUCCUGCUGCCAAGAGGUCUGAAACAGUUAAUGUGCUAUGUGAACCAGGAUUCAUGGUUUGCCUCCUCCAGAGAAACCAUGUGCUUGUAACCAAAUUUUGUUUGGGGGUUUAUAACUCAUGGUUUGUCUGGGAUGAGACAAACAAAGAGCCUCGGUUCAGACAGCACAUCGUACCAUGGUUUACCUCACACCAGUACAGUAGUAGAAGGACCAGUGGAGAGCGCAUUCACACUAAGCCAUGAUUAGGCUUACUAUUAUAUGCAUACUGAACCAAUAUAUAAAAAAGUAAUUUAAACAAGACAGCCAAAAAUCUUCCUGUACAGAUGCAGAAUAAAAACAGCAUAAAACAUUUUACAACUCAUAUUUAAAAGAGUUAAAAUGUUCUGAUAUCCUAUGUGUGCCUUGAGAGGUUCUGUGUAGCUUUAAAUAGUAAGAUGCCUGUCUUACAUAAAUAUUGGAGUAUACAGCCACUAAUCUGAUAGUGUUUGACUGAAGGUUUUUUCCCUGUUUGUUGUGGUUACUAGUAUAACACUAGAUUUCUUGGUUAGUGUGCAGCACUCAAAUUUUAGAAAGAGUAACUUCUUAAUUUUAACAAGGAGGAAAUGAAAGAGAAAGCCAAGCUUGAAGAAGAGAAAAAAGAUGAAGAAAAAGAUGACCCUAAAGGAAUUCCUGAAUUUUGGCUGACUGUGUUCAAGAAUGUUGACUUACUCAGUGAUAUGGUUCAGGUAAAAGAAUGACUUAAUUUCUUGCAAUUUUGCUCAUAAGCUAAGGGUUGCACCCACUGUUUUCUUGCUUAGAGUAGACCUACUGAAAAUUAUGGGCGUGACUUUCCAAGGUUCAUUGAUUUAAGUGGGUCCACUUAGAGUAGAAUUUAGUUCCAGACUCUAAGGAGCCUGGUUUUUUUCUGGGAUUCAGCUUUAGUGUCUAGUAAUCCAGUAAUUCAUUUUUUCUGAGAAACAUUCAGAAAGAAUAGAUAAUUUGUCUUUAUGAACUCAAAAUUCUACACCAUAAGAACAUAACAUAGUUGUCUUAGAUCAAUCUACAGUCGAAUCUCGUCCAAUAUUUUGUUCCUAAGUGUUUCAGCAGUGCCUUUUGGGAAACCCAUAAGUUAGGGGCUGAAGGGUGCAGCCAUUUAAAGUUGGUCCCUAGUAUCUCAUAUUUGGUGGCAUAUUGCCUCAGAACAUGGAUGACCCAGUUAAUUUCAUGGACAUCAAGUGCUAAUCUAAAAGCUUUUUAAACUAGUGUUCCUGGUUACAUGCUGUGGCAGUGAAUUCCUCUUAAGUUUCUGAACUUUCUACCACCUAUGUUGAAUGUUAUUCAGCUGUCAUUGCUCUCACAUGAGUCUACAUUAGAAGCUGUCAUAAGGGCUAAAAGUAACAUGUCAUACAACAAAAACUCUGAUUCUUGAAAAGCUGGAUACCUCACUCAAUAUCACAUUCCACAUUUGCAUCAAAUUGCAAAGUACAUACAGCCCUGGGCAUGUGGUAUGCUUUUUCAUUUCUCAGAAGCUUGUGUUUUAUGAGAGUACUUGUUUGAUGGUUGCCACUACCUGGAGAACUAGCUUUGAUUGAAAUAUGGAUUUAUGAAUCAAAUGCUCACCCCAGAUUAUUUGUAUUUGGGUUUUUUUAAAAUAAUAUUUAUUGAUAAUUUCAAAAUUACAAGAAAAAUAAAAAAUAACAAACAACACUACAAUACAAAAAAAGAAAAAAGAAGAAGACAAUAAAAAAGGAGAAAAGCACAAAAUGAGAAAACCAAUAUAGCAAUACAGCAAUAAAAAAGUAAAGAAAAAGAAAAAAGAGGAAAAAAACACAAAUCCCAAAUUGCAUAUCCAUAAUUUCCAUUUGCUUGUUUCAUUGACCUCCUCACACCUCCAUUUUUGUAUUCUAGUUUAGUAAUUAUUUCAGCAAAUUCUUUCCAUCUUUCUCAAUUUUUGUUAUAAAAUUUGUCUUAACAAUUUAACCUAGAAAUUAGCUCAACAAAUCCUUACCAUCUUUCCCCAUAUUCUAUUAUUCAGAUUACCUUAAUUUAUUUAUCCUUAUCUUACCCCUAAGUGCCUUAAAACUUAAAUCUUAAAUUUCAAAUAUACAUAACUCCUAAUAUCAUUUCUGCUAGAGUCGUAUAGUUUCAUUCCCACAUUUUCCCUAAUAUUCAUUAGCUGAUUCUAAAAUAAAAAAGUUUCCAUUAUAAAUUCUCUUCCAAUCAUCAUCCAGCGUCUCUUCUUCCUGGUUUCGGGUCAUGUCAGUCCUUUUUGUCCUUAUUGUCCAUUCCGUCUAGCCCAUCAACCUGGAAGCCUUAUGUCCAAGGCCCUUAAAUCUCUUCCAUGUCCCUUCUGCAAUUCUUCUUCAUCUUGUUUGUGCUUGCCCUUUUCCUUGUCUCUUGUUGGUCUCUGUCUUAGUUUCUUUCCUUUCUCAUUGAGGAGUAGGUCUCUGGGGGAUUCCAACCCAAUAUUGUCUCCAUCACCCUUCAUCCGGCUCACCCAUUCCCCACAGUCCCACUCCCCACAGUCCUCGAUGUAAUCCAAAAUGAAUUUAAAAUCAAAUUUCAGAAUCUCUCCAAAGCUAGAAGUCUCCUCAUCUCCAGACUCACCUUGGCCCGCUCCAGCUUCAGUCUUCAAUAACAGUGGCUUAUGCUCCUGUAGGGCCUCGGGUCUCUCCAUUUGUACUAUUUGAGGUGCAGCCACAUCCUCCUCCAUUGUCAACUGCACUUGCCCAGUCGGUACAGAUUGAUAGGUUGGUUCUUGGAUGAUUUCUGUAUCAAUGUUAUUAACCACAACAGUCAAAUCCAUUUUCUCAUUCAUUAAGUCCAUCUUUUCAUGCAUCUGUUCCAGCAAAGCAUUUGUCUUGUAUAGAGCAAGCAACCAGUCUUUCUCCCAGCUCAUCUUUGUUCAAGGUCAAAAAAGUCUGUUCCCACAGUCUUAAUCUCACAGACGUUGGGUCUCAAAUAUGCAGCAACAACAAUUUAGCAAGCUCCCUCUAGAGGAGACAAUCUACUUGUAGCCAUUUUUUUUUUUUAAGACAAAGGAAAGUUACUUUCAUUUUUCAGAUAUUUCAGACGUUUUUCAGAUAUUUUGUUUCUUUAAGAUGCAAAAGGCAACAUUAGAAUCAACUUGUUUCUCUUCAUUAGCUAUCUGUCAAAGUGUUACGUUCACCGUCAAUGAACCUCAGCAACAGUUUCUGUCUCUGACACCCCGUUCCCAGGUUAGAGACGAUGGAAACUUAAUCCUUCUUAACUCCCUCUCCUGGUAGGGUUAAACAGAGUUUCCCCCCCUUUUCUCCUGCUUCCAAGGGGGGUUUCAGUGGUUCUAAAUGAAGGAAAUUUAGUCCUUUUUUGACAGCUUCCCAGCUUUAGCUUGCAAAAUUUUUGCUUUAGUCUAUAUACAAGGAAACGGAAGGCGGACUUCCUGUUUACACCUUCCUGCUUUGUUACCAAAUUAAAACAAUUUCUUGAUCCAAUUUUCCGUUUCUACUCACGGGCACUUGUUUUAAGUCCAAUGGUCCACAGGAAAAAGUCAGCACUCUCUGGCAAUGGCUGUGCGGCUUCACUCCGUGAAAGUAGCAGUCAGUUAGUAGCACCGCGCUUCUCACCCCACUUCGCUCCGGAGCCCCUAGAUGGGAUUCCCCGCGAGUAGGGGGGCGCUUCUGGUGCCCUGCCGAACCCCACGUUCCCAGGCUUCCUCCGCCUGGGAUUUCUAGCGGGUCCCCACCUUCGCCGCGGCGGGAAGACCCAGUUUUCACGGAGCCCGUUCCUCUGGUCGGAGGAACUCCGCCAUUCACCAAUGGCGCUGACCCGGAAGCCCAGAUUAUUUGUAUUUGGUUCCUUUUGCUAUGUUACACUGCUUUUUCUUCUUGUAGCUACAUGAUAAUUGUCAUGUUUUUUGUAGGAACAUGAUGAACCAAUUCUGAAACACUUGAAAGAUAUUAAAGUGAAGUUUUCAGAGGCUGGGCAGCCUAUGGUAAGUUCUUGAUGAGAGUGCAUUGAAUAUUGAGAUACAUAAACUUUGCUUCUGUUCAGUACCGUUCAGUAAUCAACUGCAACACUUGAAAAUUUUGCAAUCUAUUCUACGCUUGUAGGAGUCAUAAACUUUAUGGUCCACAUGACUUGUUAGCUUGAAAAUAAGGGUUGAGUUACAUAUGUAGGAUUUUGAUACUUAAUCAUGCAAAGACUUAUCUCUGAUUUGCAGCUGAAUGUGUGGACUGGCUCCAUUUGAAAAGGAUAUAUUAUGAAUAUGGAUAUGUGAAGAUUCCAUAAGAACUUUAUAAAGAUUUGUGUUUUCAGUUGGGCAUUGCUAAAUGAGAGCUUUACUGAAAAUGGGAUCCCACCAGUGUAAGUUCCCUGAAAAAAUGGGAAACACAAAUGAAUGCCAUACAGAAAAUGAAAUGUACAUUUACGUGUUUGUUUUGCAAAAUUGAAAUAUAACAGUUUUGUUAUACUUUUGAAGUAUAACAAAUCCUUGGGUAGACCUGCUUUCCCCAACUUGAUACCCUCCUGAUGUUUUAGACUCUAACCUAGCCAACUCCCUGCUGGCCGAGACUGAUGGAAGUUACAGUUAUAGAAUCAUAGAGUUGGAAGGAACCCUGAAAAUUCUCUAGUCCAGCCCCCUGUAGUUCAGGACUAUGCAGCCGUCCCUUACGGGGACUGAACCUGCAACCUUGGCAUUAUCAGCACCACACUCUGACCAACUGAGCCAUUCAGCUGAUGUGUCCAAAACAUCUGGAGGACAUUGAAGGUGUAGAAGGCUGCUCUAUCCAAUGUAUCCAUUUCAGCAAGAAAUAGAACUUAAGCAGCACUGUUUGCUGCUUCAUUUUACUAAAGUAAUUCCAUUGUUUUGACAUAUUGGAUAGCUGACCUGCGGUGCUUAAUGAUGCAUCAUUCACUUCUUUCUAACACAGUCUUUCUAUAUUUAUUUUUUAAAAAGACUUUCACAUUAGAGUUCCACUUUGAACCCAAUGAAUAUUUCACAAAUGACGUGGUGACAAAAACAUACAGAAUGAGGUCAGAACCUGAUGAUUCUGAUCCUUUCUCCUUCGAUGGACCAGAAAUUAUGGGUUGCACAGGGUAAGUGUGAUGUUCUCUUCAAAUAAGUGGUUGAAAGUCUUCCAUAACACGAGACUGGCCCAGUUUGCAUGUAAUUCUAAGCCAAACUCUUUGCAGGCUCCUCAAAAGGAGGUAGCAGCCCAGUCAUUUUGCUACUAUGCUGAGCCAAGCUGUGGUUUUGCUUAGCAUCCUGUUCAAAUUCACAUUCAUAGUUUAGCUCUCUCCAGGCAAACCAAGAGCUAUAACCAAAGUUUACCUGCUUGGUUUACCGGCACGUCUGCAAAUGAGGACAAAAUCUGUAAUAUAUUGUAAGAAUAUAUACAAGUAAACUAUGACAAUCCAGUAAAUUAAAAAAGUGAGGCAAAGAAAAACAAAGGGUAACAUAAAUUCCACUAAUAGCAGCUGCUAUUAAGUUCUCAAGUAAAAGAAGAGUUUUUUUAGCUGUCAACCUAAAGGCUAGGAAGUAGGUGCCUGACAAAUAAACAGAGUUUUAAUAGGCAAUGUUCUAUCACAUGAAAAGAACUUUCACUUGUUGUUACCCACCUUGCCCCUGAAGGUGCGGGCACCCAAACCAGGGCCUCUGUUGAAGUCAGUAUGGGUGUUUAUGAAUGUGUGCCUGCUUACUUCACAAUGUAAAUUUGCUUUAGUACAAUAGAUCAUAUUUUAAUGGACACAAAAUGUUUUAACUUGUGAGUGAUAUACUCCUUACUCUAAAGAGAGAGAGAUAAGAUAGAUAUAAAUUAUAUGUGCAUGCUCUACACCCAGCAAUCGCAGUGCAGAAAAUUACAAACAUUUAAACCUGGUACAAACCAUUUAAAUUCAUAGAUAUUUCCUGACUCUUACUCAUGACCAAAGUCCAGCCCAUAUUUAAGGCAUUGCAAUAUUCACUAUUACAUUUUAAUUAGCUAUUUUAUCUCUCCUAACCUCUAGGAACAUUAAUGCCUUGCCUAUAUGCUGAAUUCCUUGUGUAAUAUGCAUGCUGGAAAGGUUGCUGGGGUUUAGCUUGAGAUUGCUCACUUUUUGAUUUAGGACCUUGUGCAUUGCUUUGAAGUCAGGUUCUUCUGAUCCUGGUAUUUGAACCAGAGUUAUGAACCUAGUUUCUGGUAGUUGAAUGGUGCUUGUUAUCCUGCCUGUGGACGAUCAUCACGAGUGCCUAGAUACUAAUCCACCCAGCUUUGACAUGCCAACUUAAAGACAAAACUAACUUGUAUUGCAACAUGUUCAAAGGAAGUUACUUAAAAACAUCUGUAUGUUCAAAGAUGGUUACUUAAAAACAUCCAGACCUUCUCUGCAUAGGCAGAAGUAUUCCCACCCCCAGCAUGUUCAGCAUUACUUGAAGUAAAUAGUGGCAGAGUUUCAAAGUGAUGGUAACACCUUUGAUACUACAGUGCUGCCUACAAUACACUUGAGAGGCUUUAUGGAGAAGAUUCAAAUAGGGGGUUUAAGGGCAAGGGAUCAGGACAGCUUCUUGGAGAACUGAAUGUCCUGGAACAAGAGAGACCCUGUAGCCUUUCAGCUUAGAUGUAUUGCAGGUGGGUUAUGUGUUGAAAUACUGUAUGAUGAGAAAACUCAUUUUCAAACCACGUAUUUUGCAGUUUUAUGACCCCUCCCCCUGUGAACCGCCCUGAGACCUGCAGGUAUAGGGUGGUAUAUAAAUUCAAUAAAUACUGUUAAGAGGGAAAGAAAAAUGUAAUUGAUUCAUUUAAUUCAGGUGUUACUUUCUUCCUCGUACCAGACAGCUCUGGGAAAAAUAGCAUAAGAACAGGCCUGACACUGGCUUGUUAUUCAUAGGAUUGAAUUGGACUCCAGCCCCACAAGUACUUAACUGCCAGUGUUCUAAACCACCUGAAAUACUUAUAUAAGGAUACCCUUGAUUUAUUAAUUUAAUUUUCUCAUAGGUGCCAAAUAGAUUGGAAAAAGGGAAAAAAUGUUACUUUGAAAACUAUCAAAAAGAAACAGAAGCACAAGGGGCGUGGAACAGUUAGAACAGUGACAAAAACAGUUUCCAACGAUUCUUUCUUCAAUUUUUUCAGUCCUCCUGAAGGUAAAUGAUUUCUGGUGUUUUUUUUUUAUUACAGUAAAAUCUGAAUAUUGUGGAUUUUUAAAUAUAAGUAUAAUCCUAUAUCUUACUACUUUUCCUUUGCAGUUCCUGAAAGUGGAGACUUGGUAAGUCCCUCUAGUUUAAUUUCCUAAGAAAUAUAACUUGGAGAAUAUUUAAGAUAAAAGCAGUAGCAAGAGAUAAAUUUUAGGCUUCUUUAAGAUAAUUUGAAGUGAUUUAAGCAAUAUUUCAAGUUUUCAGACCCAAAUUAAAUGUGUUAUUUUUGGUGACUGAAAUUGAGAAUUCAGCACUCAGUUGGGGCACAAAUAAAUAUUUAUUUUUUUGGAGAUAAUGAAUUAAAUUUGCAAUCUGUUAUAAAUAAUUGGGGAGAAUAUGGCUUUAGGCAAAUUUUGUGUCAUAGAAUGGUAUCAUUUUUCCCCCUAAAUGCAAAAUCAUAGAGCUUUGAAUUCAUAUUACCUGUGCAGGAUGAUGAUGCUGAAGCAAUUCUGGCAGCUGAUUUUGAAAUUGGUCACUUUCUACGGGAGCGCAUAGUUCCACGAUCAGUAUUGUAUUUCACAGGAGAAGCCAUUGAGGAUGACGAUGAUGAUGUAAGUGGUGCUUGUUUUCAGCUGUGCCAAAAUUACCUUGGAACAGUAUCUGUACCCCAGGGCUUAAAUGGAGCUAUAACUUACCACACAGACUUCAUUAAUUAUAAUAGAAUUAGACAUAGAUGAAAGUGCAUGUUAUGUUACGGUGCUAGAUUGUACGGUUACCCAUAGGGCUGAAUUUCAGGCUAGUGCUUUAUGUUCUUCAUGCAAGAGCUUGUUUUUAGAACACAUAAAGUACGAAUUGGGAUACAAUCAGAAUGAAUCCCCCCCCCCCCAAGCAGGCUCAACAAUUAGAUGUCAAAGCAAUUUGGGUUUAGAUUGCAGAUUUCAUUUUCAUGCUAAGGUUUAAGUGUAUGUAGAAUUGUGUGAUUAAUUGGGUUUUUGCUAAAAGUUCCCAUGCUUUGCAAAGUGCUCCUGUGCAAUGUAAAUUAACAUUGUAUGUCUGGAAAUACCUGCAACUCAAAAGCUCUAAUUUGCAGAGUAAUGUCCUUAAAGCUAUUGUACUACUGUCCUCUUACCUUAAUUUUUGUCUCCUUCCUUCUCCCCCCAGUAUGACGAAGAGGGUGAGGAGGCCGAUGAUGAGGUGAGUUUCAUGGUGGCUUAACUGGUUUCAGUAGUUAAAACGUAGCACAAAGGUGCUUACAAAUCCUGGAAUGUCAGACUCUCAGCUUUGCUCUUUAUGACACCAAGUGCACAUUCAAUGUAUGUCCUGUAUAUUUCAGGAAGGGGAAGAAGAAGCGGAUGAGGAAAAUGAUCCAGAUUAUGACCCCAAGGUAAGUAGUUGAUGCAUAUGAUCUUUGUAAAUCAUUUCCCUCCAAUAAAGUUAUCAAAGUCCUGUAACACAGCUGUGGUCUUCACACUGAUGUUGAUGUGUUUUUUCUUCAACAGAAGGAUCAAAACCCAGCAGAAUGCAAGCAGCAGUGA